AUGAAAAGUUUGUAGGAUAUUCAUAAAAAGAAUCAACAAUAAAGAGCAACAUUUACACUCAUGAACUAAAUGAAUAAUCGUACAUCAAUGGGUUGGUUCACCCCUCAACCUUCAAAUGAUUUAUAAUCUCCUUUUGGAAAUACUCUUAGUUAAUUCUCUUAAUAAGGUUCAGAGCAUAAUAUAAUACAUAAUACUCGUGAAAAUAUACAUUCUUGGAAUUAAACAUUAGAGAGAUAAAUAUAAUCUAGAGAAAUUGCAAGGUAAGUUAGAAAAUAGAAUGCUCAAUAAUCAGCAAGAUAAGAGAAACAUUUCUUUGGAACAAUAAAUGGAAUUCCUAAAAUCAAUUCACCUAAAACUUAAGCUAAUUAAACAACUUCUAUGUUUCAACCAAAUUUAAUAAAGGUUGAUCCAAAAAUAAAAAGAUAACUUAGUGAAAUGAGUAAAAGAAACUUCCUUCAUUUUCUCUUAGUUUAAAAAGUGGGACAAGUAAAUACUGUAUAUAUAAGUAGAAAGAUGAAAAAUAAUUCUAUGAGUAUUUAAAAAAGACUUAUAAUUUUGAACCACCUUAACCUAUUGAAGAAUAAUAAAUAAAAGUCUCUAAAAAAGGCAUUAAGUAUUUAUUCACUAAAGAAGAUGAUGAUGAAACAAUCAAAAAAACAAGUUAAUAAAUUUUAAGAAUGAAUAAAUUACAUCAUGGAAGAGAAGUCCCACUUGAUAAAUAUGUUUAAGAUACUUAUGAAUAAUAAUUAAGAAGAUUCCCUAAAGUAAGAGAGAAAAUAGAAUAAUCUAAAAAAAAUCAUAUAGAAUAAUAAUAAUGA